AUGUCGGGCAUGUGGUCCCUGCUUCUCCUCUGGGGCCUGGCGACCCCAUGCCAGGGGCUGCUGGAUACGGUGGGCACCCUCGCUCGGAUUGACAAGGAUGAACUCGGCAGAGCCAUCCAGAACUCGCUGGUCGGGGGCCCCAUUCUGCAGAAUGUCCUGGGAACGGUCACAUCAGUGAACCAGGGCCUCCUGGGUUACCAGGGGCUGCUUGGAGGAGGAGGCCUGCUGGGCUAUGGAGGAGUUUUUGGCGUCGUUGGGGAUCUCUCCGGGUUGAGGAUCCAGGAACUCACACUGCCCCAGGUGUCGCUGAAGCUGCUGCCGGGAUUUGGGGUGCAGCUGAGCCUGCACACCAAAGUGGGCCUGCAUGGCUCUGGGCCUCUGGGGGGCCUCCUGCAGCUGGCCGCGGAGGUGAACGUGUCGUCGCGGGUGGCGCUGGGCAUGAGCGCGCGGGGUAAGCCCAUCCUCAUCCUCAAGCGCUGCAGCACGCUCCUGGGCCACAUCAGCCUGCUCUCGGGGCUGCUGCCUGCUCCGCUCUUCGGGGUGGUGGAACAGACACUCUUCAAGCUGCUGCCAGGACUGCUGUGCCCCGUGGUGGACAGUGUGCUGGGCGUGGUGAAUGAGCUCCUGGGGGCCGUGCUGAGCCUGGUGCCCCUUGGGCCUCUUGGGUCUGUGGAAUUCACACUGGGCACGCUGCCGCUCAUCUCUAACCAGUACAUAGAGCUGGACAUUAACCCCAUCGUGAAGAGCGUAGCUGGUGACAUCAUCGACUUCCCCAAACCUCCCAAACCCCCCAAACCCAUCAAGGUGCCUCCCAAGGAGGACCACACAUCCCAGGUGACCGUACCUCUGUACCUCUUCGACACCAUAUUUGGGCUCCUGCAGACCAAUGGUGCCCUGGACGCAGACGUCACCCCUGAGCUGGUUCCCAGCAAUAUCCCUUUGACAACGACAGACCUGGCAGCUUUGGCCCCUGAGGCCCUGGGGGGGUUGGCCCCAGGCCAGCAGCUCCUGCUCUCGUUUUGGGUAAAGAAAGCACCCACGGUCACGCUCCAGAACAAGAAGGCCACAGUCUCCAUCCCAGCCGACAUCCACGUGCUGUCCUACCUCCCUGCAGGCACUCCUGAAGCCCUGUUAGAGCUGACCGGGGUUAUGACUUUCAAUGCCCAGCUGGCCCCUUCGGCUACCAAGCUGCACCUCUCCCUGUCCCUGGAACGGCUCAGUGUCAAGCUGGCCUCUUCUUCUGCCCACCCGUUCGAUACGUCCCGUUUAGAAGAAUGGCUCAGUGACGUAGUCCGGGCGGCGUAUGUGCCGAAGCUCAACGUGGGCCUGGAUGUUGGCAUCCCCCUGCCUAAGGUUCUCAAUGUCAACUUUGCCAACGCAGUCCUGGACAUCAUAGAGAACGCCGUUGUGCUGACUGUGGCAUCCUGAGGCCGAGAGAUGGCUGCUGCCCCUCCCUGUUGACCACCAGCGUCCUGUCCAUCUGCCUACUCCGCCUCAAUUUCCCUCCUAGCCUCUAGCCUGUGUUGGUGACAGUACAAGUGCCCCUUUUCCACCCAGGCCCACUCAGGCGCUCUGGCCCUGCAGCUCUGCCCCAGCCUGGGUGGGGAAGGCAGGGCAGCCACAGGACUCUGCUUCAGAGAGAGCUCUGGGGCCUCAGUGGCCAGUGCAGAGCUUUCAAUAAACUUCUCCUCUGUGUCAGCA